GCAAAUUAUUUCAGCACGACCGGACGAGUGACUUAUUUAGAAUUUCAUUCUCACGCUUGAACUCCGAUACCACUCGCCUGUGUACUCGUAAUAUCGAUAGACUCGGACGCCUCAACAGACAGUAUCCUCAAGACUGACACUGUGAAUGGCCCGCAGUAGACAACUCGCACCCGGCGUCGGGCGCUUCUCGCGCUCACAGGCUGCUUCACGCCGUGGUCUUUACAAGGGUCUCAAAAAAUCCGACAAGCCCGCACCCGCAGAAACUCCCGCCUUCAAGGAAGUGACAGUGGGCGGCGACAAAAACAGCGGCACGCGUCUCGUACCCACCUCCAAAGCACCCCGAUUCUACCCUGCAGAAGAUGUGCGCCAACCAAAGAAGAGCCGAAAGUCGCCAAAGCCCGCCAAACUUCGCCCCACAAUCGUCCCUGGUACCGUCUUAAUCUUACUCGCCGGUCGUUUCAGAGGGAAGAGAGUGGUUUUCUUGAAGCAGCUUGAGGGCGGGUUGUUGUUGGUGACUGGACCUUACAAGAUCAACGGCGUUCCCCUCAGACGGGUGAACCAAGCAUAUGUUAUUGCCACAUCCACCAAGGUUGAUCUUGGUGAAUUCAAGGUCGAUGCCAAGAUCAAUGAUGCUUACUUUGCAAAGCCCGCAACCAAAUCAAGCUCUGCAGAGGCUGAGUUCUUCGAGGGGGGCAAGCCGAAGGCAAAGGAGGCCUUCCCAGAAGCCAAAUCCGCCGACCAGAAAGAGGUCGACAAGGCUGUCAUUGCUGCCGUGCAGAAGCAGGAGAACCUUGCAAAAUACCUUAAAGCCACCUUCGGCCUGUCGAAGGGUCAGUUCCCUCAUCAGAUGGUGUUCUAAUUAUAGGAGGACGCUAGGAUCAUGGAGAGCUGGGUGGGUUGACGACAUCAGAUAUAUGAUAUGCCAUACUGCAACAUUUCCAUUACUCUCUUCAUUGCUUUCUUUAUGCAAGUAGGCCUUCAUGAAUCUGUACUAUCAGCACUCUCAGUUUGCAUAAGUUUUUGAGUGACAUCAGUGAUAAAUGUGGCUGUGCGCCAUUUCACUGCCAUGCUGUUUUCUUA